AUGUCCGGGCGCGCGUCCAUCGGCGACUAUGUCGUCACCAGCAAACUAGGCAGCGGCUCGUUCGCUGUAGUGUACAAAGGCUACCACAAGGUCAGCAAGACGCCGGUCGCCAUCAAGGCGCUGUCGCUUCACAAGCUCAAUAGUAAAUUGUUGAGUAACUUGGAGAUGGAAAUCUCCAUCAUGCGUCAGAUCGACCACCCGAACGUCGUGAAACUGUACGACAUUAAGAAGACGGAGAAGCACAUGUACCUCGUGCUUGAGUACUGCGCCGGGGGCGACCUACAGCACUAUAUGCGACGUCGACAGCAACAAAGUGGCGGUAAUUUACUCCCAGAGAGCGUGGCGAGGCACUUUCUGCGCGAACUGGCCAAAGGAAUGCAGUGUCUGUGGCAGCACAACCUCAUCCAUCGAGACCUAAAGCCACAGAACCUGUUACUCGUCGAGGACUCGGCCACUUCCGCGCUUAAAAUCGCGGACUUUGGCUUCGCGAGACACUUGGCCACGGCGUCAAUGGCUGAGACCCUGUGUGGUUCCCCACUGUACAUGGCUCCAGAGAUCUUAAAGUUCCAGAAGUACGACGCCAAGGCCGACCUCUGGUCCGUGGGUACAAUUUUGUUCGAGAUGCUGGCUGGUCGACCACCUUACGGAGGCGCUAACCACGUGCAGCUACUGGCCAAUAUCGAGCGUCAGCCUCUACGCUUCCCGCCCACGUUGCAGCUCUCCAGACCGUGUCGCCAGCUGUUAGUGGCCUUAUUGCAGCGGAAACCGGCGCUACGUCUCGGAUUUGCCGAGUUUUUCGCCGAUCCGUUCGUGGAUCUGCAGCCGUUGCCGGAGCAAAUAGAAGAAGCCGAAGCUACGCGUCGGUCGUCGACGCUGUCGACUACUGCGAGCAUUCGAGAGGAGGAGGACGAACAGGGAACUUCCGAGCGGUGGGGGGUCUCGACAGCAGGAAACAGCAGAACAGGAGCAACAGACGCAGAGAACUCGUCGACGCCUCGUCGAGGAGCCGGCAGUGAUCGACGGUCGCGUGCUUUCUCGGUGUCGCACGAGUCAAGCUCGAGCUCCCGUACGGUGCCGUCGACGCUGCUGCGUCAGUCUCGAAGCGGCAACUUGGAAGUGAUGGAAACUGCCUUUGCGAGUGCCAGUUCUGGCUCUGGAGCUCUGCGUCGGUCGUCAUCGUCACGACUGGCGAGAAGUCGACGCGCCUCGUCCAGUGGCAGCGGAUUAGCUGGCGUUAAUGCAGGCACAAGCCCCAAGCUCAGUCCGCAAAUGAGUCCACACAUUCUACCCAGCCCCAGUCCAAGGAUUAACCCGUUCAAACAGCUCUCCGAGUCGCCUCCAGGUGCUACAGCAGCUCAACAACAGCUGUCAUUGUCUCGGAGCAAGAGUUCUCAGCCAAAAGCCAGUGAUGCUGUUGUUACAAGACCCAAGAACACGACGACAGGCCAUGCUCUGGACAGUAGCGGCGAGUAUGUGCUGAGCUUCUCGCGAGAAUACGGACAGCAACUUAUCGACAUUGUGGUGCUACGUACGCAGGCGAUUGCUCCGAUCGCAGAUCAAUUGUGGACGCUAAGUGGCUCUGGAGAUAUCUCGUCGGGGUCUGGGACGGAGAAUGCCAGUGAACCGGUAACUGGAGACUGGUCUCCACAGCAGACAGAGAAUAAUUCCUCAUCUUCCGGCGGGAAACGGGCGAGUGUGAACUUCUCGACGGUCUUUUCCAUGAGCUCGUCGCUGGCUUCGUCGAUCGGAGUGAGUAACGCGCUUGCGGAGGAUGAAGACGAUGACGACGACGAUGAUGAAAAGCGUACUGCGGAACGACAAUAUGUGUAUGCUGCGGAGGCGUUGGCGCUGUACGUCAAGUGUUUACGACUCGUACAGCACGUGGUGCUUUAUUUCCGUCACGAGCAGACGUCUCGAGGUUCCAUGGGAUCCUCGGGAUCGUCUGGAGCGUCAGGAUGGAGCGAAACGAGUCGGAAAGUGUCGAUGGCCUUCUUGUCCGAACAACUGACACAUUUCCUGGACCGCGCAGAGCAGUGCAAGACGCGUAUGGCACGUCUACGAUCCCCUACGCGCUCUAUUGCGUCUCAAGAGGAGCUGUUAUAUGCUCACGCACUUCGACUCGGACGUCAAGGCGCCAUCCGCGAAGUUCUGGGCCAAACUCGAGCUGCACACGACCAUUAUCUGCAGGCUUUGCUGCUGCUCGAGAGCUUGCUCAUGGACGUCCAUGGCGCUGCGCUAGCUGUGGACGAUCAGAAGAACGUGAACAAUUUCCUGCGUGCACUCGAACAGCGCUUGAAGAACGUGCGCAGUCUUCUGGACGACGAGAACUCGAGUGCUGCGCCGUCUUGUCGUCCUCAGCAGGUUUCGUAUCGCCCUUCUGCGACGGCUGCAGUACUAUGA